AUGGCUUUAGAAAAUUGCACUAAUCUACAAUUUUUGGCACUUGACCUCUUUGACAAUUAAAUUACUAAUUAGGGUGCAUCUACUUUAGGCAAUUCUCUAGCAAAUUGUAUUAAAUUAACAAAUUUAUCACUCAACAUGAACUGUAAUUAAAUCAGUGCUUAGGGUGUGUUAGAUUUAAGCUCUGCCAUAUAAAAGUGCAGUAAUCUUUCAAGUUUAUCAUUACAACUUCACGGUAAUACGCUUGGUGCUUAUGGUGUAUAAGCUUUAGGUUCUAACUUAUCUAAGAGUGCUAGUUUAUAAAAUUUAACACUAAAUAUCUAAGGUAAUUAAAUUCAUGACGAAGGUGCAGUAAGUUUAGGUUCUGCUUUAUUAAUGUGUAAUAAUCUUAAAAUUCUUAACCUCAAUCUCUCAAGCAAUUAAAUUAGUUUUUAAGGAGCAUAUUCGCUAAUUAGGGCUUUAAGAAAUUGUAAUAGACUCUCUAUUUUUAAUCUCAUCAUAAGAUAUAAUUAGAUUAAUUAUGAAGAAAAAUACCAAUUAAUUAAUCAAGCUUAUAAAUAUAAAAGACUUGUUGAAAAUACAAUAAAUUUGUGA